UCUACUUUAUGCUCAGCUUUUGAAUUAAUGCACCAUCUGCCCACCUUCUCCAUAAACCAAAAUAACCAAAAAAAUCUUAACAAAAUUAACAAACCCUUGCUGCUUUCACUCCUCUUCCAUUUGUUCCGUCCCAGUGCUCUCCUCUCCUCUCCUCUCCUCUCCAGAUGUCUUCUUAAUUUGUGGAGCUGAGUAAAUGGGGAUCUGUUUGUCUACUGGCAAUCAGUGUAGCUGCAAUGGGGGAACCAAUGGAGAGAGGAUUUCUGGAUCCUGUUUGGGGAUUAGAGUUUCUGGCCGGAUUGAAAGAAAGAGAACAUUUUCAGAUCAUACUUUUUCUAUUCAGCAUUUAAAUUCUAUACCGAAUAGGCUUGUUUAUAAUGGGAAGACUCGAAAUUCUUGCAUUUUCACUCAGCAGGGUCGCAAGGGGAUAAAUCAGGAUGCCAUGGUUGUGUGGGAAGACUUCAUAUCAGAUGGUGCAAUUUUUUGUGGGGUAUUUGAUGGUCACGGCCCUCAUGGUCAUGUCGUUGCACGAAAGGUUAGAGAUGUUCUUCCAAGAAAGCUGGAGUCAUCCUGGGAGUCAUCUCAGUUAAAGCAUAAUAGAACAGAUAGAACUUCUUGUUUCCGUUGGAGUCAGAAGAAUUCAGCAGAUGGUGAACGACACGACAUGGAUGGUUCGCAGGAGGAUAAAUCAAGUUCUUUAUGGAGAAAAGCUUUUCUCAAAUCAUAUAAAGCCAUGGAUAAGGAGCUCAAAUCUCAUCCCAAAGUGGACUGUUUCUGCAGUGGUUGUACUGCGGUCACUUUGGUUAAGCAGGGUUCCGAUCUAUUCGUGGGAAGUAUCGGGGAUUCUCGAGCAAUUCUUGGAUCUAAAGAUAGCAGAGAUUCGCCUGUAGCAACCCAAUUGACAGUAGAUCUAAAGCCUGAUUUACCCAGAGAAGCUGAAAGGAUAAAGAAGUGUAAAGGAAGGGUGUUUGCAUUGCAAGAUGAGCCAGAAGUGCCAAGAGUGUGGCUGCCAUUUGACAAUGCACCUGGCUUAGCCAUGGCUCGAGCGUUUGGCGACUUCUGUUUGAAGGACUAUGGAGUUAUCUCUAUUCCCGAAUUUUCGCACCGCGUGCUUACAGACAACGAUCUGUUUGUUGUCCUUGCUUCAGAUGGGGUUUGGGACGUAUUGAGCAACCAAGAGGUGGUUGAGAUAGUUCAUUCUGCCCCAACUCGCUCAUCGGCAGCUCGGAUGGUGGUAGACUCGGCUGCUCGUGAAUGGAAGCUCAAGUACCCUACUUCAAAAAUGGACGACUGUGCAGUCGUUUGCUUAUUCUUGGACGGGAAAAUGGAUUCAAAUUCAGAAAAUGAAGAACAAUCUCUUGCAACUUUUCAAACUGAUGAAAUGGAUGACACGGAAAAUUCAGAUGAAGAGCGGAGGUUGGAGCCAAGUUUACAGAGGAAUAAUACGGUCCGAUCGUCGGAAGAAAAAGAGCAAAUCGGAGGGCGAUCUUCACAAAGCGAAGAGAACGGAGAAUCAAUCUGUGCUAAAGAUGAGAAUUGGUUAGGAUUGGAGGGUGUAACAAGAGUAAACUCCCUGAUUCAACUUCCUAGAUUUUCUUGUCCUACGAACAUAGUUGGAGAAGGUUGUAAUGGCGGAUGAACAACUCAAUUCCGGCCAUCAUUUUGUAUCACUACAAUGCACAAAAACUUGGUUUGAGCUUCCAUGGAAGAAUUCAAUUCAUAACGUCAACUCCCUAUGAACAGGGAACAUUUGAUCCA